UUUACCACCUGCGAAAACUUGCUGUAAUCCAUUUUUCCUCACUCCAGUAUUAAGAAUUAUACCAAAUUAAAAAGAUAUGAAUGAAUAUCCUAAAAAAAGAAAAAGGAAGACUUUACACCCUUCUCGUUAUUCAGAUUCCUCUGGAAUAAGCAGAAUUGCAGAUGGAUUCAAUGGAAUUUUUUCUGAUCAUUGUUAUAGUGUUUGUUCUAUGAGACAACCAGACUUAAAAUAUUUUGACAACAAAGAUGAUGAUUCUGAUACAGAGACAUCAAAUGACUUGCCAAAAUUUACAGAUGGAAUCAAGGCCAGAAACAGAAAUCAGAACUACCUGGUUCCCAGUCCUGGAAUUCUAGACCACACUGCCUUUUCUACAGAAAAAUCUGCUGAUACGGAAAUUUGCGAUGAAGAGUGUGACUCCCCUGAAUCAGUCAACCAGCAAACUCAAGAGGAAAGCCCUACAGAAGUUCACACUGCUGAAGAUGUUCCAAUUGCUGCAGAAGUGCAUGCAAUUUCUGAAGAUUAUGAUAUAGAGACAGAAAACAAUUCCUCUGAGAGUCUCCAAGACCAAACUGAUAAAGAACCACCAGCUAAACUUUACAAAAUUCUUGACAAGAGCCAAGCUUUGAAUGUGACUGCCCAGCAGAAAUGGCCUUCACUGAGAGCUAAGAGCAGUGGCCUCUAUAAAUGUGAACUUUGUGAGUUCAACAGCAAAUAUUUUUCUGAUUUAAAGCAGCAUAUGAUCUUGAAGCAUAAACGUACUGAUUCAAAGUGUCGAGUAUGCAAAGAAAGUUUCUCUACCAACAUGCUUCUGAUCGAACAUGCCAAACUGCAUGAAGAGGAUCCCUACAUUUGUAAAUACUGUGAUUAUAAGACAGUAAUUUUUGAGAACCUCAGCCAGCACAUUGCAGACACCCAUUUUAGUGAUCACCUUUAUUGGUGUGAGCAGUGUGAUGUACAGUUCUCCUCAAGCAGUGAACUCUACCCACAUUUCCAGGAGCACAGCUGUGAUGAACAGUACUUGUGUCAGUUCUGUGAACACGAAACGAAUGAUCCGGAAGACUUGCAUAGCCACGUGGUAAAUGAGCAUGCGUGUAAAUUAACAGAGUUAAGUGAUAAGUAUAACAAUGGAGAACAUGGACAGUACAGCCUCUUAAGCAAAAUUACAUUCGACAAAUGUAAAAACUUCUUUGUAUGUCAAGUCUGUGGGUUUCGGAGUAGACUUCACACAAAUGUUAACAGGCAUGUUGCUAUUGAACAUACUAAAAUUUUUCCUCAUGUUUGUGAUGACUGUGGGAAAGGCUUUUCAAGUAUGCUAGAAUAUUGCAAACAUUUAAAUUCACAUCUAUCUGAAGGGAUUUAUUUAUGUCAGUACUGUGAAUAUUCAACAGGACAGAUUGAAGAUCUUAAAAUUCAUCUAGAUUUCAAGCAUUCGGCUGAUUUACCUCAUAAAUGUAGUGACUGCUUAAUGAGGUUUGGAAAUGAAAGGGAAUUAAUAAGUCACCUUCCAGUCCAUGAGACAACUUGAUUGUUCUCUUUAACUUCCAUAAUGUUGAUGUAAAAUAAUAAAUUCGACUUUUUUGGAGAUGUUAAA